AUUAGUUAAACGUCAAAUUUUGUUCAUGUGGCAAAUAACAAAGACCGCUGAUGGUUUUUGUAGUCGGUUGUGCGAUCUAAAGAUUAAUUCAUAAAAUUUAUUGUAUAACAUAAUACUGAAAUUGUUGAUAGUGGGUAUUCGUUAGCGCUCGAAUAGAUUCGAUCGUUUAUAGUGUCAACAUAAUAUUCAUUGAUUUGUCUUCACUGCCAACCGAUUCCAAUAGUUCCGAAAAAGGUCAGCCAUGUUGAAACGGCUAAAGUAAAAGCUUUGAAAUUAAUUUCUUGUGAUACCAUCGAAAGUUAUUUGAAGAUAUUUAAUUUAAUUCGAAUACACAUCGUUUUGAGGAAGUGAGUUAUUGUAUAGCAAUAUGUCGCAGUCGCUGCCAAUACGUUUUCAAGAGCAUUUACAGCUCACAAAUAUCAAUAUCAAUCCGAGUUCAAUCUCCUUUACGAAUCUUACAAUGGAAUCCGACAAAUUUAUAUGUGUUCGCGAGAAAGUAGGAGAAACAGCUCAAGUGGUAAUCAUUGAUAUGAAUGAUGCACAGAACCCGAUUCGUCGUCCAAUCAGCGCUGAUUCAGCGAUUAUGAAUCCCGCAAGCAAGGUCAUCGCUCUGAAAGCAGCUCAAAAAACCCUGCAAAUUUUCAAUAUCGAAAUGAAAUCUAAAAUGAAAGCGCAUACAAUGACGGAGGAGGUAGUUUUCUGGAAAUGGAUUACAUUGAACACACUUUCAUUGGUAACUGAGACAUCGGUGUAUCAUUGGUCGAUGGAGGGUGACUCUACCCCUGUUAAAAUGUUCGAACGACAUUCGUCUCUGAAUGGAUGUCAGAUCAUCAACUAUAGAACAGAUCCUAAACAAACUUGGCUUCUUUUAGUUGGUAUUUCCGCUCAGCAGAACCGGGUAAUUGGAGCAAUGCAGUUAUAUUCAGUUGAACGAAAGGUUUCGCAAGCAAUCGAGGGACAUGCCGCUUCGUUUGCUACAUUCAAAAUGGAGGAAAAUAAAGAACCGUCGACUUUAUUCUGUUUCGCGGUACGUUCAGCAAUGGCAGCAAAAUUGCAUAUAAUCGAGGUUGGUGCUCCCCCUCAAGGCAACGCUGCUUUCACAAAGAAAGCGGUGGAUGUAUUUUUCCCACCAGAGGCACAGAGUGACUUUCCUGUCGCAAUGCAAGUUUCGCCAAAGUACGAUGUGAUUUAUCUAAUAACAAAAUAUGGUUACAUUCACAUGUAUGACGUCGAAACAGCAACUUGCAUAUAUAUGAAUCGCAUCUCGGCAGACACAAUUUUCGUGACGGCUCCGCACGAGUCGAGUGGCGGUAUUAUUGGAGUCAACCGUAAAGGUCAGGUUUUAUCGGUCACAGUCGAUGAAGAGCAAAUCAUCCCCUAUAUUAAUAGUAUUCUACAGAAUCCAGAGUUAGCAUUACGUAUGGCCGUUCGAAACAAUUUAUCUGGGGCCGAAGAUUUAUUCGUACGCAAGUUUAAUCAUUUGUUUCAAAAUAGUCAGUUUGCAGAGGCUGCGAAAGUUGCUGCAAUUGCACCAAAGGGUAUUUUGCGAACACCUCAAACAAUUCAAAAAUUUCAACAAGUUCCCACGCAACCUGGAUCGAAUUCUCCACCAUUAUUGCAAUAUUUUGGCAUAUUAUUGGAUCAAGGUAAAUUAAAUAAAUACGAGUCUUUAGAAUUAUGUCGUCCUGUUCUGGCACAGGGUCGCAAACAAUUAUGUGAGAAAUGGUUGAAAGAAGAGAAACUGGAAUGUAGUGAAGAACUUGGUGAUUUAGUGAAACCUUCGGAUCCAACAUUGGCUUUAUCAAUAUACCUGCGUUCAAAUGUUCCAAAUAAAGUUAUACAAUGUUUCGCAGAGACGGGCCAGUUUCAGAAAAUUGUUCUCUAUGCUAAAAAAGUCAACUAUAAUCCAGAUUACGUGUUUCUGCUGCGUUCAGUAAUGCGUACUAAUCCGGAACAAGGAGCAGGUUUUGCCAGCAUGUUGGUAGCAGAUGAAGAGCCCCUCGCUGAUAUUAAUCAGAUCGUGGAUAUUUUCAUGGAGCAAAAUAUGGUACAGCAAUGCACAGCUUUUCUAUUAGAUGCUUUGAAGAAUAAUCGUCCCAGUGAAGGAUCGUUGCAAACAAGAUUACUUGAAAUGAAUUUGAUGUCUGCACCACAAGUAGCAGAUGCUAUUCUUGGUAAUGCUAUGUUCACUCAUUAUGAUCGAGCUCACAUUGCCCAACUUUGUGAAAAAGCCGGAUUACUACAACGUGCAUUAGAACAUUAUACGGACUUAUAUGACAUAAAGCGGGCUGUAGUACAUACACAUCUACUAAACGGCGAUUGGUUGGUUGGAUUUUUUGGAACAUUGUCGGUUGAAGAUUCUUUGGAAUGUUUGAAAGCAAUGUUGGCAGCUAAUAUCCGCCAAAACCUUCAGAUUUGUGUGCAGAUUGCUACUAAGUAUCAUGAACAGCUGACGACAAAAGCAUUAAUCGAUUUGUUUGAAUGUUUCAAAAGCUAUGAAGGAUUGUUUUAUUUCCUAGGAUCAAUCGUUAACUUUAGCCAAGACCCAGAGGUACAUUUCAAGUAUAUUCAAGCAGCGUGCAAGACAAAUCAAAUAAAAGAGGUCGAGCGUAUCUGCCGAGAAUCGAAUUGUUAUAAUGCAGAACGCGUAAAAAAUUUUCUGAAAGAAGCUAAAUUGACCGAUCAACUCCCGUUAAUUAUUGUUUGUGACCGUUUUGACUUCGUACACGAUUUGGUACUAUAUCUGUACCGCAACAGCCUUCAGAAAUAUAUUGAAAUAUACGUCCAAAAGGUCAAUCCGUCUCGGCUACCAGUAGUAGUUGGCGGUUUAUUGGACGUCGACUGCUCUGAAGAUAUUAUAAAAAAUUUGAUCUUGGUUGUCAAAGGUCAGUUCUCUACGGAUGAGUUGGUCGAGGAAGUUGAAAAACGUAACCGAUUGAAGUUAUUGUUACCUUGGUUGGAAUCCCGCGUUCACGAAGGCUGUAUCGAACCUGCCACACACAAUGCGUUAGCUAAAAUCUAUAUAGAUUCUAACAACAACCCUGAACGAUUUUUGAAGGAGAAUCAGUUCUACGACAGUCGAGUCGUUGGUCGCUACUGCGAAAAGCGUGACCCGCACUUAGCUUGUGUCGCUUAUGAACGUGGUCAUUGUGAUCGGGAAUUGAUCGCAGUAUGCAAUGAAAACUCAUUAUUUAAAUCAGAAGCAAGGUAUUUAGUUCGUCGUCGUGAUGCGGAGUUAUGGGCUGAUGUGUUGUCUGAGGCUAAUCCUUAUAAGCGUCAGCUCAUUGAUCAGGUUGUUCAAACAGCUUUAUCUGAAACUCAAGAUCCGGAUGACAUUUCAGUGACGGUGAAAGCAUUUAUGACUGCUGAUUUACCCAAUGAGCUAAUCGAAUUGCUUGAGAAAAUUGUUCUUGAUUCGUCAGUAUUUUCAGAUCAUCGAAAUCUUCAAAACUUACUCAUUCUAACCGCAAUCAAAGCUGAUCGAAGUCGCGUGAUGGAUUACAUUAAUCGUUUGGAUAACUAUGACGCACCUGAUAUAGCUAAUAUUGCCAUAAAUAAUGAAUUGUACGAGGAAGCUUUCGCAAUUUUCAAAAAAUUCGAUGUCAAUACGUCAGCCAUUCAGGUAUUAAUUGAACAAGUGCACAAUUUAGAGCGAGCUAACGAAUUUGCUGAGCGGUGCAACGAGCCGGCUGUGUGGUCUCAGUUGGCUCGUGCGCAAUUACAGCAAGGAUUAGUAAAAGAAGCUAUAGACAGUUAUAUCAAAGCCGAUGACCCUAGUGCAUACAUCGAUGUUGUUGAAACAGCUAGUAAAAAUGAAUCCUGGGAAGAUUUGGUACGUUAUCUACAAAUGGCACGAAAGAAGGCAAGAGAAAGUUAUAUUGAAAGUGAGCUAAUUUAUGCUUACGCUCGAACUGGUAGAGUAGCAGAUUUAGAAGAGUUUGUUUCCGGACCGAACCAUGCUGAUAUUCAAAAGAUUGGUGACAGAUGUUUCAAUGAUAAGAUGUAUGAAGCUGCUAAAUUACUGUACAAUAAUGUCAGCAAUUUCGCUCGUUUAGCGAUAACACUGGUACAUUUAAAAGAAUUUCAAGGCGCUGUUGAUGGUGCGAGAAAGGCAAAUUCAACGCGUACUUGGAAAGAGGUAUGUUUUGCAUGUGUAGACGCAGAAGAAUUCCGACUUGCACAAAUGUGUGGUCUCCAUAUAGUUGUGCAUGCAGACGAGUUGGAGGAUUUAAUAACUUACUACCAAGAUCGAGGACAUUUUGAGGAAUUGAUAGGAUUAUUAGAAGCGGCCCUUGGUUUGGAGCGGGCUCAUAUGGGAAUGUUCACCGAACUGGCUAUACUUUACUCAAAAUAUAAACCUGCUAAGAUGCGUGAACACUUAGAGUUGUUCUGGUCACGAGUUAACAUUCCGAAAGUGUUACGAGCUGCUGAACAGGCUCAUCUCUGGUCUGAAUUAGUGUUCCUGUUUGAUAAAUACGAAGAGUACGACAACGCCGUGCUAGCUAUGAUGGCACAUCCAACUGAAGCAUGGCGUGAAGGUCAUUUUAAAGAUAUUAUUACAAAAGUCGCUAAUAUUGAACUUUACUAUAAAGCAAUUCAGUUUUAUCUUGAUUACAAACCGCUACUACUGAACGAUAUGUUACUUGUACUGGCACCUCGUAUGGAUCACACCCGUGCUGUUAACUUUUUUACUAAAAAAGGGCAUUUACAGUUGGUUAAAACUUAUUUGCGAUCAGUACAAAGCCUAAACAACAAAGCUAUAAAUGAGGCUCUUAAUGGCCUGUUGAUUGACGAGGAGGAUUAUCAAGGACUCAGAACGUCUAUUGAUGCUUUCGAUAAUUUUGACAAUAUUGCUCUAGCUCAAAAGUUAGAAAAACAUGAAUUGACAGAAUUUCGUCGAAUCGCUGCGUACUUGUACAAAGGAAAUAACCGAUGGAAACAAAGUGUGGAACUUUGCAAAAAGGAUCGCCUGUUCAAAGAUGCUAUGGAAUAUGCAGCAGAGUCACACCAAGGCAAAAUAGCUGAAGAAUUACUUGGGUGGUUUCUUGAAAGAGGCGCGUAUGAUUGCUUUGCGGCUUGUCUCUUCCAGUGUUACGAUUUGCUGCAUCCUGACAUAAUUCUCGAGCUAGCAUGGCGCCACAAUAUUAUGGAUUUUGCAAUGCCAUAUUUAAUACAGGUGACAAGAGAGUACACUUCAAAAAUCGACAGAUUAGAACUAGCCGAUGCGGAACGGGCAAAAGAAGGGGAAAACUCAGAACAUAAAUCAAUUAUCCUACCCGAACCCCAGCUCAUGCUAACAGCAGGACCAGGCAUGGGGAUGCCUCAGUAUGCCCCGCAAUACACAGGUUACGUAGCGACACAACCAAAUAUUCCACCAUAUCCCGGAUAUGGUGGUAUGUAGAAAACAGGCGAACCUACACUGUACCUCUGUAGUAAUCUUUGUUUGAAUGUCCAAAAAGAUAUAUACUAAAUCAUCCA